UCUCUGGAUUCACAAAAAUCAAUAUGAAAGUUAACCAUGUGCCAUAAGUGAUGCCAAAAGACCUUGAAAACAGCAUAUGAGAGAGAUGCAGCCGGAUAUGACUCAACCCAAAUCCUUUUGUUUAUUAUUUUCUCACUUGUUGUGGAUGGAGCUAAUACUGAGUGUGACUGAUUGAUCCACCCCUAGAUGGACAUUAAAGAUUAAGAGGGAUGACAAAUAGGCACUUGCUUACACAGCGCAUGCUGCUAAUCCCCUUGUCUUCCUUUAGGGAGCCCGCGGUAGAGUUCAGAGUUACUCACUGUCCGGCACCCCAUGAGUAGGUGACAGUCCCCACUAUAAAAAACCAACAGACGAGAAGUUUGACAGGACAGAGAGUUACAGAAUCCAAACCAGAGAUCAUCAUCAGGACUGACUAGUUCACUAAAGGACCUUUGAAGAAAGUAAGACUAAACGUUGGACAAUUCAUCUCAUUGUGAAGCUCAAGGAUUCUUGCAGCAACAGAUUUGACCUCAAAGCCAGGGUGCACUUUGGGAACUUUGGCAGUAUAACAAAUGGAUGAUCCGAUGACUGAGAUGUCCAUGGUACAGUUUGCAUCCUCCGAGUCUUCAAGGAACUCGGAUGACAGUCAGGAGGGUAAAAGUCCUGCUCCGGGCAAAGUCUUAAACUCAGGUCUCCUCUGUAAAGUAUGUUCGGAUACCAGCAGUGGAAAACACUAUGGCAUAUACACUUGUAACGGCUGUAGUGGCUUUUUCAAGCGCAGCGUGAGACGCAGACUUAUCUACAGAUGUCAAGCUGGUACAGGCAUGUGUCCUGUGGAUAAAGCCCAUCGCAAUCAGUGCCAGGCCUGUCGCUUGAAGAAAUGCCUUCAGGCUGGGAUGAACAAGGAUGCUGUUCAGAAUGAACGUCAGCCCCGCAGUACCUCUCAGGUUAGGCUAGAUGCUCUGGAUGUCAACAGAGAUAAAGAGCACCUUGCCACCACUUUUGAGCCCACGUCAUCCUCCACUUGCUCCAUCAUCAACCGCCCGAUGCUGGGCUCCUCCAUCUGCUCCAUCAUCAGCUCCACAGAUACAAGUCGACAUCCCAGCAGUCCAAAGAAUGGCCAUCGCUUCAUGGCUAGCCUCAUGACGGCUGAGACCUGCGCCAAACUGGAGCCAGAAGAGGUGGAUGAAAAUAUUGACGUGACUAGUAAUGAACCUGAGAGAAGUUCUCCAGAGUACGGAAGUUCAAUUUAUCCCACACGGGGCCCAGAGAGUGUGUACGAGACUUCGGCCCGCCUGCUCUUCAUGUCUGUCAAAUGGGCCAAGAACCUGCCUGUGUUUUCCCACCUGCCUUUCAGGGACCAGGUGAUUCUGCUGGAAGAAGCGUGGAGCGAGCUAUUCCUUCUGUGUGCGAUUCAGUGGUCUCUACCCUUGGACAACUGCCCCCUGCUGUCCUUCCCUGAUCUCUCGCCCCCAGGACAGGGCAAGGGCAGCCCCUCUGCCUCAGAUGUGAGGGUCCUACAAGAAGUGUUCAGCCGAUUCAAACCCCUUCAAGUGGAUCCAACUGAGUUUGCUUGCUUGAAAGCCAUCGUUCUGUUUAAGCCAGAAACACGAGGGCUGAAAGAUCCAGAACAGGUGGAGAACCUACAAGAUCAGUCACAGGUGCUGUUAGCUCAGCAUAUACACACACUGUAUCCCAGUCAAGUUGCCAGGUUUGGCAGACUGUUGCUUCUCCUUCCAUCUUUACAUUUUGUGAGCUCAGAGAGAAUCGAGCAGCUCUUCUUUCAGAGGACAAUUGGGAACACACCGAUGGAGAAACUUCUGUGUGAUAUGUUCAAAAACUGACAGACUGUUGCACGAGGUGCAAAAUCCAUUGGACUUUAGGUGCUUUGCUUCCCUGCCAUAGUUAUUAUGCCAAUGAAUCUGUCUAAAGGCUAAAAAAUCUCAAAUGUAUAUAAUUGAUUUGCAUUUGCUUAUUCUAUGUCUCUCAACGGUAUGUCUUACGUCUCUUUUUAUUUG